GGCACGAGAAUUUCGAGGAAGCCCAACAAGUUUUUCUUAACGUGACCUAACCUAAAGACGCGGCCACGCUUCCCCACGCGACCGCAUGGACCACUUCUAAACGUCAACCGAAUACCAGUUUUCACGCUUCUGGUGUUAAUGACCGAGAGUAUCAAGAAAACGCCCCGAAGUACAGAUAACGACGCUUAGAAAGAAAUAACCAGCAGAAUAAUGAUUCUAAGCUAAAGUGUUUACAGAUCCCCCUCCAGUCAAUCCUGAUCUGAAGAACAUGAUUUUACUUUUCUACAUCAAAGAUCUACACAUAUAAUAACUCCCUACCGCUGUGAUCUAUCAAUGACCUAACCUAAAACUGCAAAGUUCAUUGAUCAUCGCCAGGGUGAUCUCGAAUCCUCCGAAAAUACGAAGUUAAAAGCGAAGAAUUCCGCGGCCGGAAUUCAUCGGUUUAAGGUAGAAAUGCUUUGGCACCUUUUUAGAGAGCCUUGGAAUACGCAUUUGCGAGAUCUAACCUAGAAAUACGCUUCGUCGAUGUCCCGAGCGAUCGCGCACAUCCAAUCGGCGACAAUUCGUGAUCGAAACUAGCGUUGACUGGAGUUCUUAGGAAUUGAUAUUGCGAGGAUGUCGGGGGCGCGACCACGGCCGGCCUAACCUCAAAAAGUGCAAAUGCACGGUUCUCGUCUCAGCAACGGCGACGAGGCUUGACCGGCGUCGAGACGCAGCCGUGAAAUUGCAAUUUAGAAGGGUUGUCGGCGAGGGCGAGGCGCGGGACGCGCUAACGAUCGGCGUUCUAACCUCAAAGUUUCAUCGAUCACCGUCGCGGCGAUAAGUACGUCCUCCGUGAUCCUACGGGUCGCACGGCCGGACGCGGAGAAGCGCGUCCGCUCGACGUGUUCUAACAGGUCGUUAAUUAAGUCGUUCGAGCUACUUUAGAAGAAAAAUCUGACCUUGUGUGCGAAGAGGGACGUCAACGCCUCCGAUAGGUGUUCCGAGCGCAGGGGGCAGACUCGAAAAGCGAUUAAAAAAACGAACAGGCCGUUCCGAAAUUUCGCUAUGGAUGUCUCGGCGUUCUCCGAGGAGGGCUUCGACGCCAAGAAGUGGAUCAAUGGGUCCUUCGAAUCCGCGGAGGCCAAGGAAAAUAAGGAUGCUUUCAUAUCAUCCUUGGUGAUGAAGUUACAAUUGUAUGUUCAACAAUUGAAUGGAGCUCUCGAGGAAACUAGCCAAUCGGUCUUAUCAAGCUUGCCAAGGGUACUUCGAGAUACUCGCCUUUUGCAACAGGAGGCAUUAAUUCUCAGAGACAAAAUGAUAGCGGUUAAGCAAGAAAUUGCAGAGGUGGAAAAGGAGACAGGGUCUUCAAUGGCAGCUUUGGAACGAAUCGAUAGGAUAAAAACGGACUUGCAAGCAGCAAAGCAGAGCUUGCAUGAAGCUGACAAUUGGACGGCAUUAGCUAACGAAGUUGAAGAGGUGUUCGAGUCUGGUGAUGUCGAAAAGAUCGCCAGUAAGCUUUACAGCAUGCAGAAGUCGCUGUCAAUGCUCGUAAAUGCCAUUGAUUACGAAGACAAGAAAUUGCAAUUAGAGGGUUUAAAGAACCGUCUCGAAGCUUUGGUUAGUCCACAGCUGGUUCAGGCUUUUACGGCAGCAAAUAUAGAACAAUCCAAAAUGUAUGUGAUUAUAUUUGGUAAGAUGGACCGUAUGCCACAAUUGGUCAAGUAUUAUCAUAAUUGCCUCAAAGUCUCCCUGAGCCAAGAGUGGCGUCGUGUUAUCGAACUCUCGCAAGAUGAAGAUAUCACUUAUUGGCUUUGCACGUUUUAUGAUAAACUACUGUCAGCAUGGCAUAAUCAGGUCAAGUGGUGCAGUCAAGUAUUUCCAAAUGUUUCGAUCGAUACUAUUGUGGAAAUUUACAUAGACUUUUUGAAAAGCUUAGAUCCGAGUAUUCUGGAUUGCAUCGAGGUUGCAUUAAAGCGACACACGAAUGCCAUGCAAUUGUCCCUGUUGCUCGAGCUUAAGCAAAUCACUAGACAUUUCGCUCUAAAUUUAAAUGGUGCUAUAGAAUCAUCGCUUCGAGGAAAAACACUUAGUGCUGGAAUUUUACCCUUGGCCCAAACCAUCUAUGCUCCUUACGUGCCAUAUAUUGCAAAGUAUGGAACGUAUGAAACUGCACAACUGGGGCAACAGCUUAAUUCUCUUGAUUGUAUCCAAGAUGAUCUGAACGAUACCGUCAAUUCCCUCUCUCUCAGUAUUUCUAGGGUUAUCGAUUACACCAUCGAAGCUAAUAACAGAUGCAAGCUGUUUACCGAUGGUUGUGGUUAUCCUGGGUUGAUAAAAGCUUUAAAUAUGUUCCUUGGUCAAUAUUUGGAUAAGUAUAAACUUGCAAUGAAGCAGUUGGAGAGACGAAAGUCCAAACACGAAGAUUGGAAUGUCUUCCAAAUGUGUAUGAAUUUAAUGCAGAGCAUAGGUGAACUUUUGGGACAAGUCGAAGAACUCGAAAGAACAUUAACAACCGAUAUACUGGACGCUAACAGCAAAUUGCAGAGUACAAGUGGAAGUGCGAUGGAACAGUACAAGAAAUUACUUUUGAAUUCUUCGGGGCAAACUGACCUUGAAAAUUUAAUGACAUCUAUUCGACGUGACGAUAAAACUGUUUUGGAUAAUGUUUUGAAACGUAUUCAGAAGCUUAGCUCCGAUUUGCAUCGAAUCACUUAUGACGUGAUAUUUGCUCCAAUCUUUGCUCAACUGCUUCUUCUUCAGAAGGCACCGGCUUGGUCUUCCGAGAAGACCAGAAUGGGAAAUGUGAACUUCGAUCUGCCAGAUUACAGUUUCGCACCACAAGAGUACGUCACCCAAGUGGGCCAGUACUUGAUGACGCUGCCUCAACAUUUAGAACCAUUUUUACUUAGGGACAAUCCAAACUUGACGAAAGCUCUGAGAGCUGCCGAUCCUCAAUACACUCAGUGUUCCAAGGAGUCUGGAUUUACCAAUAUCCUUUUGGGCAUCGUUGGUAAAGGUACAUGCCAAAUGUUUCAAGAUCAAACAUUGGGAAUAUGUGAAUUGAAUUCUCCAGCUUGCAAGCAACUGGCUGUCGAUAUAGAUUAUCUCGGAAAUGUAUUAGAAGAGCUCGGUCUUUCUCUAUCGGAUCACUUACAGCAAAUGUCCACGUUACUACGACUGUCACCUGAAGACUAUCAAAGUGGGAGCUCGGGCUGUAAUGCCCGCGUUGUGGCUGCGGUCAGACAAAUGCGAAAUAUUACCUCUUCCGGCUAGUUAGCGCGGCCAAUGAGAAAACCCACAACAACGAAAAACGCAAAAGUACCAUGUAACGUUUAUUGCCAAUUCGUUCCCACCUUGCGAAUUCAUAACCGUGGUAAUCCAAUUGGAAACACAGAAACUGAAUAAAUUCAAACAGUAUUGAAAA